AUGGCACGUGAGAUUGUACCAGUUUUGCUACUGGCACUUACCGUUGCGGCCGAGAAGAAAAUAGAACUGCAAGACAUCGAGGAGGAUAAUUUAAAAAGCGAAAAGGGAACUAACUACGAAAACGUGGAGACGCGAGUGGAUAUCGAACAAGACAGAGGGUCAGUGCCGAUUGAGUAUCUAAAUAGUGGUCUCUUCCGGUACUUUAAAAGUCCACUGCCAACACAGGCUACUCAGCAACAGCGGUACAUCCAGCAGUACGACGUGACUGAGCCACAAGAAGGGGCUCCCGUUACACCCGCACCGCAUUACGGCCCACCUUCAGCACAGCGGCCCGUAGCCAAUUACGUUUCCAAUGUACCAGUGCAGUUUUACCUUGUUCCACAAUAUCAAACGGAACAAGUAAGCAACUCACACACAGAAGCACAUUACUCGGGACAUGGCACUAGCCAGGUGGAGUCUUAUCCAACUCCUGAAACCGAGGAAACGCAAAGCAACUAUAUUGAAGGCCGCACUUACAUUACGCCAACAGCGAAAACCUACAUCCAGCCAGUCCCCACUCCUGUGACAUAUGUUUCGUACUCAGCCCAGCCGACAAUAGCUCCUGCUACGGCUAGUAUCUCGCCUGUAUUAACUUAUCAAUUGCCGGUUGUUCAAUAUCAUACCGCCGUGUCACCUUCAGCACACCAACAAGAUUCUCAGCAUUCGGUGAAAGUGCUAUAUGAGACUGCGCGACAUAACCAAGCGCAGGUCGAGGGUGAUCAAGAGAAUGUCAUAGAAAGUCAAAACUAUUUGCCCACACACACUGAUGUCUCUUACACUAAAUCUGAAACGCAGGAUAUCCCUAGAUACUACAAUUCCCGUACGCCCCUCAGGGAAGAAUAUACGAAUGUAAAAUCCGAAUUGCCGCAUCCAAGUCCGCUGCUUCUUAAAGCGCCCCCGCCACACUUGGCUCACCUUCCAAAAGCUUUGCCGGUCCACCGCCCAUGGGGCAAGUCAGUUUAUAGCAGUGGCGUGUUUGGUGGAGGUGGAUUUAGUUCGAGACCCAAUGAGCCCUACGGGCCACAUUUAAAACGAAGGCCUACGUCAUUAUUAGACUCUUACAUCCCAUCGAGCAUUCAGAUAGAGUACCUUAAAAGGGGUAUUAUAAAGGAUCCGCUAGUAGCGUAUGAGGCACUAUCUAGGGGCAGACACUUUGGACAUCCACAACCCAGUGGGAGACAUUUCGAGAGUGGGUUCUUACCAAAUCAAAUGUUUCACACUUCAGGCGGAGGCACGUUCUACGGGCAUUAUAAGAGAUCACCAAAAGUUAACAGAGGCUCAAGAAGU